AUGAAAUGGUCACUCUCAAUUGUACCAAUUACACAGAUUAUCUCUGGAACUAAGCCACCCGAAAAGAUUGACCUCACACAAUCGAUGUCACUCUGUGCGACAGGUACCAUUUGGACUUACUAUUCGACUUUGAUUCAACCACAAAACUCUGGAACCAGAGCACUGGCGGCUUGCAACUUUGCUAUGGCAUGCUGUCAUGGUUACAACACAUACAGAAGAUUAAACUAUGAAAAGCAACAAGCUCAACCUGCUCCUAUUGAAUUUGGCGGAUUACACUUUAAAUUGUGUUAUAUGAAUUAUGAAUAUCUAAAACACCAAUUUGCGACAUAG